CACAAGAUUGGACACUCUGGGAAUGGGAUCACUAAUAAGAACCAAGAAAAACUUUCGAUUCUUUCGAGUUUUCCCACUCCAAAGACUUCUCUUCAUCCAAAGAGAAUAACUCAACAUGCAGCUGAAUGGAAGAGGAAUGACUUAAAGAAGAUCACAAAUGGGAUAAAGUAGGGAGAAAUCUUCCAAUACAGGCUACAGCAGGCCAUUAUUUUGUUAUAGGCUAUCACAUGUAGGCUAUUUGUUAUUUAUUUCAUUUCGUUUUUACCUUGUGGCCUUUAUUAGAAAACGAAAUUUAACAUGCCUAUUACGUUAGCCUAAUCAAUGUUUUAUCGGAUUAUCAAAUGAAAAGUCAUAUUCUAUUUCAUUUGAAAUUUAAAAAGUAAAAGAUAAGCCAGUGAAGGCUUUGGACUACAUGCAGAAAAUCUCAAUAAACAGCCUUGUGUUAAAGCAACGGAAGUAUUUUGUGUCAGAAUAGCCUACUGUGAUUUCUAAAGGUGCGUCUUUGGGGCUGGCACAGUGCAUGGCGCAUAAAGGUGUUGGACCAAAGAGAGUAUUGGCUUUAUACAGAGACCAUGGCAAAGUGGUUCAGAGAAUUCCCCAUCAAUUUGAAGAACGGUACUGAUAGGAUCCGCUCUGCUUCAGAAUCAGGCUCCCAAUCCAGGGGUAAAAUUGGACUGGUAGCUGGCAUUGGCACCAAAGCAACCAGCUCCAAAGGGAGUCCGCGCAAAAACUCGGGAAUGGAUAGUAGUGGCGGUGGUGGAGUCGUUGGUGCUCUACUGUCAGGAAGAAAUAGGAAAAAUUCUGCCAUCGAAUUGGGAAGGAAUGGCACAAGUUCGAUAAAGGAUGGAAAAGUUUGGGACAGCCUUAUAGGUAAAAGUCGCAAAAAUUCCAAAGCAGAGUCGCCAGUGUUUGAUGAGCACCGGCCACUGAAAAGUUCCAGUUCUGCGAAUGCCUACAUCAGUCGUCUGAUCAAAGUGGAUAAGCAGGACAAGAGCCAGAACUUCAGCAGCAGCCAAGUGGUACUCGAAACAGAGAAAUCACAGCCACUGUGCAAAACAGAGACGGUGAUCAUUCUUGAGGACUAUGCAGAUCCCUUUGACGCCCACAAGACUCGGGAGGAGAGGGAUGCGGAGAGAGAGGGGGAGAAUGAUGGAUACAUGGAGCCUUACGACGCGCAGCAGAUGAUCACUGAGAUCAGACGGAGGGGUUCCAAGGACCUGCUGAAGAUGUGUGUCCUGCUGGAGGGGGUUGAGGGGGAGGUGGAUGAGGGGCGACCCGUGCCCCCCCAGAUCUACGACAUGACCUAUGAGGGUGGUGUGGAGGGCGAUGGAGGGAGCGGGAAGACCCCGGUCACCAGGCCAGAGUUAGACCCCCGGCCCCCAGCUGAGUACCAGCUGCCCUGGGAGCGGAAGAAGGAACAGAUUGUCAAGGCUCUGCCCGCCCAGUUCGACAGCCCUGAGCGCCCCUCCCCAACCAAAGAGGACCCCCCCACCCUCACCCUCACACGGCAGCCCCAGCAGCAGCACCAACAGCAGCAGCAGCAUCUGCGACAAAAGAGCUGGAGUCAGAAGAUCCUGAAGUCCUCUCCCACCUUCUUGCCCUCCCUCUCCUCCCCGCCCAGCAUCGGCCCUGAGGCUGAGGUGUGCCGGGUGGACCCCACCGUGCCCCUGGAGAAACAGAGCUGGUACCAUGGCUGUGUAACACGCCAGGAGGCAGAGUCUCAGCUCCAGUCCUGCAAAGAGGCCAGUUUCCUGGUGAGGAACAGCGAAUCAGGAACCAGCAAAUAUUCCAUUGCUCUCAAGACAAGCCAGGGCUGUGUUCACAUCAUUGUUGCCCAGACUAAGGAGAAUGGCUACACACUGGACCAGAGUAGCUGUGUGUUUCCCAGCAUUCCAGAGGUGGUGCACCACUACGGCACUCAGCGGCUGCCUUUCAACGGGGCCGAGCACAUGACCCUACUGCACCCCGUGCCACGCCCUUACUGACUCCACCCCCACCACACUCAGGUGUACCCCGACAACUCCAUGCCUCUGCAUCUGCAUGAAAUCAUCCUCAACGAAUAUCUCCAAUCUAAUGCCGGCCCCCAACAGCCUCAAUACGUAUAUCUCUUUAUCUAUCGUCAUUCACUCUUCAGUCCCUUUCUCUUUCAUAUUAUUUUAGUCGAUAUCAUUAGGAUUUUUUUUCAGUCUUAUUUUCUCCUGGAUAAACAAAAGACAGACAUGCUGAGAGACCUGGGUCCAGGAGAUAUUGCUCUUGCUGUACAAUCAUUCCCUCACCUUUCAUAUGCAGCUAAUGCAAAACGCCCAGGCUACUGUUUUGCAUGUGAACUUGGGAGAACCUCAACCCAUGCCUUGAUUGUACAAACGGGGCAGAAAUGAAUGAUCAAAUUAGUCAGAGCCAUGCCAGUUAGAAUCUAGUCAGAAUACAGUAUCAUUAAUCAUAAUUGGUCAUUAAAUGGUUUAAGCUGCAAAGGGAUACAGCUAGUCAACUGUACACAACUCUGUGGAGAACCACAACUGCUGUAUAGGACAAAGACUAUUAUAAGGAAAAGGGGGAUACCUAGUCAGUUUUACAACUGAAUGCAUUCAACUGAAAUGUGUCUUCUUCAUUUAACCCAA